AUGACUAAAAGUGAACCUGACAAGCUAAUAAGUAAUGCAUCAACUACAUGGAAACAAGUUGGAAUUACAAUGGCUGGUGAUGAUAAAGUAAAAUUUGAAAGUGAUAAGGAACUUAGCAAUUCAUAUGAUCUUGCAUUCAACAGUAAAAAUCAAUAUUUUUAUGUAGCAGAUUAUGACAAUGGUCGUAUUCAACGCUAUUCACUUAAUAGUGAUAGUAAUCAUACCGGUGUAACUGUAUUAAAAUUAAAUAACAACACUGACUAA